AUGACGCACCUCGAAAUCCCGUUGAAUAUUGUUAGCCUCAAGCCAGACAAUAGAAAUCAGGGGCAGAAGGCAACGGUCAGAAGAGUACUCUUGGGCCGUGAUAGUGUACAAGUCGAAGAAAUACCGGUGCACGUUCCUUUGCUCUCAUUGAAUCCAAAUUGCACCGACAGGUACCAGGCUAGACCACACGGCCUGGAAGAGGAGUUACUUGCCGCGGUGGAUGGAUCCCGUAUCGAUCAACUUCAAACUGUUUUCAACAGUGAUGCUUGGAAUCUACAAAAUCAACCCCUUGAAGAUGAGUGGAUCUCGGCUCUACUCAUUCGACAGUCCACUGGUCCUACAACUUUCACUUGUCCCUUUAUAGGCAUCUGUCAACAAAUUGACAGUCACAAGCCAUCUGCAAUGACUCAUAUUGCCAAGCAUUUGCGAUACAAGGGUACUGGUCAGCAAGUCUUGCGCGUUGCGGUCAGGCUUAGCGGCUCCCGAGGACGCCAUUCAGUCGACCUCGCCCAAGACCACAUUCAGACGGUGAGCUUAUUUGAGCCCAUCACGACUUGCUCCAUAUUUGGCAAGCGGUCUUCUCAAGCCGAACGGGUUGAUCCAAAUGCGCGUUUAGGAGG